GUUUUCUUGCAAAUAGCAGAAAGCUCUGCCAGCCCUGAAGUAGUAUGCUCGUGGUACUGUGCUCUAUAUUAACUAGUUUGAACUUCUGUAAUUGUUUGACCAGAAAAUCUGUAAGGGUCUGAUACGACCCUUCAGGCCUUUUGAUCUUAUUGCACACUGGACUUAAGAGAAUGAAACUUCCACUGUGGUAUCUCAGUCUCCCCAGCAAUACAAAUUACAGACCAGGUAUAGAUACAUCCUCCUAGUGUUUGUGAAUUAGCCAGAGCAUGCAAGUUAAGAGAUUUGAUUAGAGGAAGACAGACAGUACCUGAUCUGACAUAAAACUUGCUCACACAAAGCUAUGACAUCAAUGCAGGUUUUUUAACAAAACUAAACUGGCAGAGUAAAUUUAUCAGCUCUCCAUAUAGUGAGGCAAUAGCAUUUUUAGUAUAGCAUUAAGAACCUUGUAGCUAUGGGUACUGUGUUGAAUCGUGAAUACACAGGCAUGACUUUUUAUUGUCUUACUAGUUUUAUUGUUUUAGCAAUUCCAUUGAUUUCAGUUACUUAACAGAACACAUGAGCAGCUCUCAUGGCAAACCUAUAGAAAACUAGCAUAGCUCAUGUUUUCAGAGGGGCUAUUAUAAUUUCAACUAGCUGAAUAUCAGACCUAUACUUUUAAGUUAAACCUCAGUCAAAAUUUGGAAUACACAUUCUUUAUUUCACAUGGGCACCUUUGAGAACUGGAUCCUUGCGCAGAAUGACAGCUUCCUGCAGAAUCAUCAGGUCAGAUGUAAUCUUUGUCACCAAAGUAUGCAGCAAUACCAGUUGGAGCAUCAUUUGACCAAGGAAUGCCACAAACGAGCAACGAAAUGCAACAUCUGUGAGCUUGAAAUACCCUCCAACGAGCUGCAGGAACAUCUGAACACCUGUGCCAGCCGAACAGAGCUGUGUUGGGAGUGUAACAAAUACAUCAUGUACAAAGACCAGAAGAGUCACAAAGCUAUUUGUCGGAACAGUAAUCUGUCCUAUCAUGAGGAUGUGAACUUCCAAGCCAGUGAAGCAUCCACUAAUGCAACAUUCAUUUACCCCACUGGUACUGGUGGCAAUCUUUGUCAGAAGUGCAGUAAGUCCUUCCCAGAUGACCAGUACUCCCAACAUCUGGAUAAAUGCAGCGCAGCCCAUGAGCUGACAGAAGUUUUAGCUGGCCAGUCAACUUCAAAACUCAGCAGUGAUCCACCACAGUCUUCUUCCUCCCUGGUUCCCUCUUCCCACUCCAAGAAUGCAAGGGCAUGGAAAGAUGUCCGUCCCAAAGCGAAAGGAAGAGACCAGCCGUCGACCUCCAAAACCAUACUUAAACCCUCAAAGAACAAAAAGAUUGGCUUUUCCUCUCCCACAAAAGGUGGACUUUCCACAUUGCCUCAAGCUCUUAAAGACACCCAGUCUUUUGACAUGCUGGUGGCCUGUGACCAUUGCAACAUUCUUCUGCCGCUUCCAACACUUCAGAAACACGAGAUCAAAUGUCUGCGCUGGUCGUCUCUGAGAAGUGCUAGGAUGAAACAAAAAUCAAGCCAUGAAGAGAAAGAGGACUUUCUCCACAACACUCAAGAUUAAAUCUGGAAAUUAGAGGCACGUCUUCAGAUUGAAGCUUCAGCUCAGUUUUAGCAAAAGGCACUGAAGGUGUAGUAGCUUUAUUGACAAGUAAAAGUGACUUGCUACUCUGGAUCGAGAACA